UAAGAGGCUCCCAUAAUGGCCUCACAGUGGAUUGCCGGGCUUCAAGGAGUCUGCUUGGCCAUCGUCUUGGCUGAGAGCAGCAGUUUGAGCGGCGAAUGGAGCAUCUGUCUGCUGGUGUGCGCAGCCGUCGUCGCGUCUGAAAAAGAGAAACUCGCAGUGAGGCCAGUGCAGGCAUACUUACAAGGCUGGCAGUGGCGGCCCAUCCUAGGAUUAGAGGCUUGCUGCCGCCAUUGCUGGGCUUUGUGUGUUACGUUGGCCUUUCUGCUUGCGUCUGCAUUUUUGUUGGCAGUUUGCGUUGCUUGCGAUGCCUCAGCAGGCGGAUCUUCUUCGUCCAGAAGGCGCUCCAGCCGUCUGCUCACCAGCUCUAGGCCAUUGUCAAGCGUCUCGUCUGGAGUUGCCGGCACCAAAUUUGGACCUGUCGCCUCGUGUUGGGUGGCUGUCCUCUCGUGAUCUCCAGCGCGUCGCAUCUGGUAAGAAGGCCAUCCCUAAAACGUUUGCGGAGCGCAUUUAUAGUUGACUCGCAGAAACGUUCUGGCGGCUUUAUGCGUAGCUUUUGCUGCUCUUCUGCUGUGAUAUCCGGCAGUACUAAUUUUUGAAUUUGUAAUGGCUGGCCACAUAUAUGCUCCAUAAUCGCUUCUC